AAGCAUCCGUCCAGGAAAAGCAGAAGGUUUACGUCGUCCUUCCUUCGUUCCAGAUCCAGACGCCAGACUGAUCAUCAUGUCCCUUCACGUACGUCCGUAGCGACGGUAAACCCUAGUGGCUGGCUGCAUAUAAAACCUAUGUCGUCUUAUAUGUAACCCUAGGUGGCUGCGGUUACCACUCUCCGAUGCAAUGAUUAAUCCGAAUUGCCGGUGGACAUACUAGAAAAGGUAGUGGCCGAUCACUUGCACACCUUUCCAGCUUUCCUCAUUUGGCCGCCUUCUCCGGAGUCUCCUCAGAUGGAGGCGGAUUACUCCCAACUGCCGGAGGACAUAGUAGUGAAGAUAGCGAGGGAGCAUUUCGAGACCACUUCACAGCUGGUUUCCUUCUCCGCAGUUUGCAAAUCCUGGAGAUCCAUCGCUCUCCAACCCCAAAAUUACGAGCACGGUGGCUCUCUACCGGGACUCCUCGUCGCCAAUGGGGAAUCCGCUGACCAUGAGUUUUCUCCCAUCACAAUGUUCCACACGUUCGUCACUACUCCGAUUAAAGACAAUCGUGAUCAAACAUCUCCUCCACCUCCACGAAGCCAGCAGCUGCUGCGCGUCAAGAUCCCUCUGGGUCCUAACCUCCGCACCGACGAUUAUAGAGAAAUACGGAUGAACAAUCCGUGCGUGGGCUCCAAAGACGGGUGGGUCCUAGUAAUUCACCCACGCCCGGUCAGAUUACACCUCCUCAACCCAAUCACACGCGCUUCCAUCCCUCUCCCCACUCUCCGGCCGAACGUUCCCGACUUCAAGGAGGCCUCUUUCAACCGUCGGCCGUCUGACUUCAUCGACAGAGCCGUAAUCUCUUCCUCUCCUGACGACCGCCGCAACAACUGCUACGUCUUCAUCAUAUUAGGCUACGCCAUUGAUCCUGGGCUGGCCUGGUGCAAGGUAGGUCGGGGAGGUUGGAAUUUCACGAAAAUGCCGACAAAAUAUUUCUUCACCGUCGACGCCACCUACUUUGGAGGUAAACUUUACGUUCUGGAGGGCAAGGAUUCUGUCUACGUUCUUGAUGCACCUACGGCUACCACCACUUCUCCUACUUGUUGGAGGAAACUCCCAUUCUCUUCCGUGAUGGCCUCACUCGUCGAGGACAACCACGACUACUAUCACACCUUUUUCCACUUGUCCCACCUCUGCGGUCGUCUCCUCGUCAUCCUGCGCUGUUUCGUCGAGGAUGAUGAUAACGACGCCACGUUCCAUGUAUUCAGAUUAGUAUUACCUGAAAGAGAUGCCGGCGGUGAAGUUGUGGACAGCACAACUAUUGAUUAUGAAUGGGAAGAAGUGAGGAGUUUGGAGGGACAUGCUUUGUUCCUCGGUUACUCCCAUGAGUCCAUCUGCCUGCCUGCUCCUUCGUCCAGCUGGGGUGACCGCAUCUAUUUUGCGUUUUCUUUCUAUUACGGCUAUUUUGAUCUAGAUUACGCCGAUGACAUUGGUCGGAUCAAUUUGUACCGGAACGAUUGUGGCGUCUUCAAUCUCGUCUAUGGGAAAGUCGAAUGUUUUGCUUGUCGGAAUUUUCACAACCAGAACUACUUUUGGUUCUUCCCUAUGCCCUGGAAUAUUGGUCAGCUUACUAAACAUCAAGCGAGGAAUGCCGAGAAUUGGAAGCGGCUGCUGCUGCUGCUUCAAACUAGUACUAAAAUUACCAGCAGAAGCAAGACUCAAAGUAGUACUCAAAAUAUCAGCAAAGAAACAGUAAAGAAGACGAACAAGAAGGUCCAACAACAGCGGCAUAAUAAUAGCAAAGUCGGCAGCAAAUUCUGCAGCAACAGAUUUGAAGCUUUGUUACUGGAUGAGGAUGGAGACAAAGACCAGCCAUAGUUCGUCCAUCAGGACCGCUUGCUGCCUUUUAUAAUUUAUUUCAGAGCAGAAUUCUUUUGUGGAUGAACAUCCUGAAUCGAGUAGUUACCCAAGAUAAUUAAGAUGUGUCUGCGGAGCGGAUCAGAUCAAUGAAUGCCCAACAAUAAGGACGUUUGUUGUUGGUAGCUUGUUGGCAGGCUGAAACCGGAGUAUUAAGCCAGAUAGAUUCCUCCAGCUGAGAAGCCGGUUGAUGGGAAUUCAGUUUCAUUACUAUAUUGUUUGCUAGUUCUUGCCUUUGUAGCAGAACUCAUCGUCAUCGAUGCAUUUAAUAAGAAAGCCCAUGGAUUGUGGCUCUUGCUUGAUACAAUUUUUUAC